GGGGGCGGAGUAAGGGUGAGGAGGGGGGUUAGGUGGAGGUGGGGGUAAGCGCUCGCCCAAUGGGGCGCGUUCUUGGGCGCGCGUCCACUGUGGGAAAUAUAGAAUGCGAUGACGUGUCAGGGCCGUUUUGUCGUUAACUUUAUUGACGCGCGCCCCCAAAGACGGCGCGAGAAGGUGGUGGUAGCGGGGGCGGGGCGGGGGGAUUCCGCACGUGUUUGGUGAAACUUUAUUGGUUGCCCGUCUUUUCCUGCCAACUACGAGGCAACGUCAGCAGCGGGUGAGGUAGCCAUUCUCCAUCCACUGCUGGAGGCAGGUCAACCACCACCACCACCUAUCCCCCCCCCCCAACAGCGCUCUAAUAGCGUCCACCACUGCUCACGACUUUACGAACUGACCUCCCUCACCACUCCACCGCGCCGUCGCUCCGUCUCCGCGGGGUCGUCCUCUGCGCGGAUCGCAAUGAUCGCGGGGUCCCACACUCAGCUGACGGCGCGGCAGCAGCAGCAGCUGGCGUCGCACAUCGUCCGCAUGCUGGGCGCACACCGCCACAUCCUGGACGCCUACAUCGUGGAAUUCUUCACGGAGAACCACUGGGAGAAGCUCCCAGCGCGGUGGCGAGAGGUUCUGGAUCAGCUGACGCCGGCCCAGCUGGGCUCCUUGCUGCUGUGCGGAGAGCGGCGCGGGCUGCCCUCCGUGUGGCCGCUGUCUCUGCUCGCGUUCCGCGCCGCGUGCUCCGCGCUGCGGCUUCCUCGGGUGCCGCGGGGGAGCGUAACGGGGUCCGCGGGAGGCACGGGGACCGCGGGAGGCGCGGGGCCGACGGGAGGGACCCCGGAGUUCAGGCAGAACCCCUGCCAGAGCGCCCUGCUGCAGCACCUGUACCGCGUGCACGUGAAGCCAAAGAAGCAGCACGAGAUCCAGAGGCUGGGCAUGUUGGUGCGUCACCUGUGCGAUGAGGUGGGGUGCGAGGAGGUGGUGGACGUCGGCUCAGGACAGGGCCACCUCUCCCGAUUCCUGGGCCUUGGGCUGGGACUGGGCGUCACGGCCGUUGAGGCCGACCCGGCCCUCGUCUCCGCCGCCGUCCGCCUCGACCGCCAGCUCCUGGCGACCGCGGCCCGCAAGCACGGCGCCGCCGGUGGCACCGGCGACGCCGCCCCCGUCAGGCCGCCGCGCCACCGGGUGGGCCGGGUGGACGCCACCGCCAGUUGGCAGCAAUUCGUGGCGCUGCUGCGAGACGCGCCGGGCCCAGGGAGCGGCGACACGGGCGGUCCGAUCUGCGGCGAUCCGGAGGAAGGGCUCCCCGGAAGAGCUGAUGGGGGGGCGGCAGCAGCGGUGACUUCGGUGGCCACCGACGGGCCGAUCGACAGGCCGAUCGACGCGCCGGUAUGUGGGCCGGCGGACGGGCCCGGCGUGGUGCUCACGGGGCUGCAUGCGUGCGGGGACCUGAGCGCCGCGCUGCUCCGUCUGUUCGUGCGCUGCCCGUGCGUCCGCGCCGUCACCUCGGUCGCCUGCUGCUACAUGAAGCUGUCAACGUGCGAGCAGCAGCAGCCGGGCGACCCGGCUUGGACGCCCGCGCGUGGCGAUAACCAGGAACCCGGUUACCCCAUGAGUUCGUGGCUGGCGGCCCUGCCAGGCCACGGCCUGCCGUACCGCUGGCGCGAGCUGGCGUGCCACGGGCUGGAGGAUCACGCCGAGCGGCUCACCGCCGCCGACGACGGCGCCGCCGCCGCCGCCCUGCGAAUCCACGCGCACCGCGCCGCCCUCGAGAUCCUGAUCCGCGAUCGGCGGCGUGACAUGGCCCGCGCGCCGGUGCGUCCCAUCAAACACGCCCACCGCCUGGAGUUCAGCGAGUACGCGGCGCUGGGCCUCGCGCGGCUGGGUCUGGCGCCGCUGGGCGCGGGCGACGGCGAGCGCGUGCGGGCGGCGCUGGGCCAGCGGGGCCGAACCCUCGCCUUCUUCACGCUGGCGCUGGCGCUGGCGCCGCUCGUCGAGACGCUCGUGCUGCUCGACCGCGCGCUCUACCUGCACGAGCAGGGCUUUGAGAGCUUCCUGGUGCCGCUGUUUGACCCCACGCUGUCCCCUCGGAACUGCGUCCUCGUCUCACUGAAGAGGUCGCCGAGCGACACCUGACCUCGCCCCCCACCCCCAACGCUGCCCUCCUGUGUGAAGAGGAACACCCCCCCCCGAGGGGCGUUGCGGGCUUGCAGGCCUCGCGUCUGCAGCGGAGCGUCCGCCGCCCCACGAUCGGCAGCCCUGGGGGGAUUCGGAGGUGCCCCCCCCUCCUCCCCAAUCGAGCCGGGAACAACGGAUGCUUCCGCGUUAGUCCCACACGGCGCCGGGCGUCACGUGGCACAAGCCUAGCCUGGUGCACACGGCUCAACGCGAAGGCAAACCCCCUCAGCCUUGCAGCCUGCACGGCGCGGUUGGGGCAAGCGCUGCUUGCGAGCGUCCAUCGGGAGCGGCGCGAGCUGGGGCGUGGUGGGUGACACCACGGCACCACGGCAGGCCGCCUUGGCCGGGUCGACCCGGGGGAGGCCCGGGACCGGCUGAGCCAUCGCUCGCUCCCGACGUCAGCCGUCGCAGCGCGGGUGUAGCCGGGUUCGUAGUGCGCCGGCGCUAACCGCUGCGCCGCCGCUAAACCGCACCUUUGACACCCACGCCUCCCCACGCGCAUGGCGCGGGCCGUCCCCAUUGGCCACCACUUGUCGUCAACAGCACCGACAGGUUCUACGCGAAAAUCCACUCACCUGGCCCUCCUCCCCCCCCCCCCCCCCACCACCGCUCGCCACCAUCCCCACAAACCGGACUUUCCUGUGCGUGCGCAGCCUGCCGUGAGAAGAGACCGGACACAGCAGGAUGGCAGUCCCCGUGGCAGUCCUCACGUUUACCGCAGUGGUGGUGACGGCGACGCCGCCGACGGCGAUGGCUGUUGUGACGGCGACGGCGACGAUGACGACGACAGUCGUGACUGUGGCGGCUGUGCCCACGCUCCUCUCCGACGCGUUAUCGGUUUGUUCGGGACUCGAUGCCCGACGUUUCGCUGCAUCCACUUUGAGCUCUGCAGUUCCUGAACAGCGCACGGCAAUACCGACACACCCCCCCCCACCCCCCCCCCCC